AUGGCGGUGAAUAACAAUAGUCACCAAGAACCAGAAUGGAAGAGAUACAUUCCAUUAGGGUACGUUUUUCACCCGACUGAUAGAGAGGUUUUUAAGUAUUUGCUAGCAAGGGUGCAUGGAGAACCCAUCUUGCCCGGGCUCAUCCAUGACACAGACAUCUAUCAAUGUCAACCGUCAGAUCUUCCAGGCUUGGAAAGAGAAGCACAAUCUUCGUUCUUCUUUACAUUGAGAGAGAGAAAAUAUCCAAAUGGAAAGAAACCUUCUCGGUUUACAAAGGAUGGUAAUGGGUAUUGGAGAAUGACGAGCAAGCUCAAUGAGGUUAGAGAGUUGGAUGGGUUACUCUUAGGGAAGAAGAACACUUUGGUUUACACCCUCAAGGCAGAAGGCGAACAAGGCAAAGGUCGAAAGAUGGAUUGGAUAAUGCAAGAAUAUGUGCUUGAUGAAAGUUUAGGCUCGCUUAUACAGGUGGACGAUGUUGUGCUGUGUAAAAUUUACGAAAAGAAAUCAGGAAAAGAAAGCGAAAAGAGCCCAAGUGACAGACAAGAGAUUAGUGUACAAGGAAGGUUGUGUACUGAAUCAUCAGUUGUAGCUGAUCAUCAAACAAGUCUUGGUAAGAGGAAGCAAUCACCAGUCCAUUACACAGUUCUUGAGGUUGGCGAGCCGAGCUGCAGUGGUCAAUGGAACAGUAACCCACAACCUUAUGAACCAAGCAAAAAGUCCAAGCACUCGGUUGGCGAACCUUGCCAAUUACCCACAAAGUCUAGUCCUUUUCAGGUUGAUGAUCAAUUUGGCCAAAUAAAUAAUAGGCUAAUUAGCCAGUACUUGGUUUAUGAAACUUCUGGAUUGGGGGUUGGUAAGUCAUCAUGUGAAGCAGCUUGCCAAUUGAACCAACAACAAUCUACUAAUCAACAAGAAGCUUUUAGGCCUUUGAGUAGUGUUACACCACCAACAUGGGAAAUCAGUGAAACAAAUUCAUCAGGCCUAAUGGUCUUCAACCACAACCAGUACAUUAGACAACUACCAACCAUGAUUGACAGAAAUGAUCCACUGAUUCCUCCAAUGCUAAACCAUGAUGAUCAAUAUGGGCCUAUUGCUGCUGGAAGUAGGGGACAACAGAUACCAUUUGAGGAGUCCACAAAUGUCGGUUUUCAGAACAACCUUGUUUUCAGCAAUGAACAUGAUGAUCAUCAGCAGCUGCAGAACAACAUGAGUACUAUAGAUCACUCGAGUUCGCAGACUUGCAAUGCUGGAGGAAACCAACAGCUGCCAGACGAGUUUCCUGCUCCACCGACAAGCAGAUGCGCCGGAUUUUAUGAAACACAACUUGGAAUGCCACACGAAGAAUAUGGGUUUGAUUUGCUUUCCCUCAUAGAAGAUGAACGGUUGUUCAUUGAAAAGUUUUUUUUGUAA